UCGUCAACUCUCCACACUCAGAUCGGCAGGAGAAGGAGGGAUCUAAAUCUGAACUCCUGGAUCUGACUGACGCUGGCUACUGAGGUGGAUAUUUCCUUUUAACAAAAAUGUACAGGAUUCAAGACAACUGGUCCCAUAGAUUUAACUUUCUGUCACACUUUGCUGGAAUCUACUGUUUUUCGGACGCGCAGUAACGUGAGUUAAAAGUGUUCUAAUCUUCUGGAGGAGAAGGAGCUGCUCGGUAAACUCCAUCCAUGCUCGACUCGGCGAGGACAAGAUCCACGGAGAUGUGAGUUUGUUCAGCUCGGCGAGGAUAAAAGAGCAACUAGGAGACGUGAAUGUGAGGCUACCUAAAGAGGAAGUAAAAGGUGGAUUUGAGUUAUGAAAAUGACCGGAGCCAUGGAAACUUCUUUCAAACUGGCUUUGAAGAAACCGCCCUCUCUACGGACAGCAGAGGAUCUGCACACUAUCUACAGCCACCUCUACCACAUGGACGUCCUCUCUCACCUUAGGGAACAUCAGCUAAGGUCGAUGUGUACCUCGGCCAGGUAUGAGAGACAUGAGGCUAACCACGUCCUGUUCCACCCAGACAGCAUCGCUACCUGUUGGUACAUCCUGCUCUCUGGAUCUGUCUUCGUCAAGGAGCACAUGUACCUGACAAGGUGUUGCUUUGGCAAGCAGCUGGGGGGCAGACGAGGCUGUGAAUGCAUCACUUUGGAGCCGUCAGAAAUGAUUGUGGUGGAUAACGGCAGUGAGGGGGACGACAGUUUUCUGCAGAGAGAAGAAUCCCAACGGAGGUCCAGACGGCGCUUCAGGAGGGUCAACCCCAGGGGAGAGCGGGAACUCAUCACAGACGGCCAAGAACCCGCCGGCUACAACACGCUUCCUGCUGACCUUAAUAAGAUGCACCUUACAGACCACGCCCAUCAGCAGGUGAUGCACAUGCCUCCCAGCCAAUCAGGAUGCAGUAUCGCCAGCGACUCAGGGAGUAGCAGCCUAUCAGAUAUUUACCAGGCCACAGAGAGCGAGCUGGGAGAUGUGGACCUGUCUGGACUUCCAGAGGCUGCGGUGGACAGCGAAGAAGAGGAGGAAGAUGAGGACUUGGAGAGAGCUUCAGAUACUCUUCUGGGCCGAGACCUGGUCCGAGAGAGUCUGGAAAAAGACCCAGCCGACCGCAACGACGACGACAUCGAGCAACUACUGGAGUUCAUGCACCAGCUGCCUGCCUUUGCCAACAUGACCAUGUCCGUGCGGAGAGACUUGUGUAGCGUCAUGGUGUUUGAGGUGGUGGAGCAGGCUGGCACCGUCAUGCUACACGACAAACAGGAGCUGGACCUCUGGUACGUUAUCCUAAACGGGGCAGUGGAGAUCAGCCAUCCAGAGGGAGGAGUGGAGACUCUGUGUAUGGGCAACAGUUUUGGCAUCUCACCCUCACUGGACAAACAGUACAUGAGUGGAGAAGUUCGCACCAAAGGGGACGACUGCCAGUUCGUCUGCGUCGCCCAGGAGGACUACUGGCGCAUCCUCAACCAUGUGGAGAAGAACACACACAAGGUGGAGGAGGAGGGGGAGAUCGUGAUGGUGAAAGAGCACCGCGAGCUAGACCGCAGCGGGACCAGGAAGGGACACAUUGUCAUCAAGGGAACCCCGGAGCGUCUCAUCAUGCACCUGGUGGAGGAACCGUCGGUGGUGGACCCCACCUACAUCGAGGACUUCCUGCUGACGUACAGGACCUUCCUGUCAAAUCCCAUGGAGGUCGGCAAGAAACUGCUGGAGUGGUUCCAUGUUGACAGCCUCCGGGACACGGUGACGAGAAUAGUGCUGCUGUGGGUCAACAACCAUUUUAAUGACUUUGAGGGUGACCCGGCCAUGACACACUUCCUGGAGGACUUUGAGAAACAUCUAGAAACCACCAAAAUGAAGGGCCAUUUGCGGCUGCUGAACAUAGCAUGUGCAGCCAAGGCUAAGUGGAGACAGAUUACUCUGCAGAAGGCGUCCAGGGAGUCACCGCUCUACUUCAGCGUUCAGGGCGGUAGCGAGAGAGGAUUCGGCAUCUUUGUUGAGUCGGUAGAAGUUGGGAGCAAGGCAGCAGAAGCCGGACUCAAACGAGGAGAUCAGAUCAUGGAGAUCAAUGGUCAGAAUUUUGAGAACAUCUCCUUCUCCAAAGCUGUUGACAUCCUGAGAAACAACACACACCUCUCUCUUACUGCCAAAACCAACAUAUUUGUCUUCAAAGAGCUCCUCAGCAGGAUUGUGCACGAGAAGAAAAACGGCGGGCCUCACAUUCCCAAGAUCCAGGAGAAAAAAGGCAAUCGCUUCUCCAUCCCUGACCUUCCUGGAGACAUGGAGUUUCCUACAGACCAUAAGAGCACCAGGAAAAUGAAGGCCAACACUGUGUCAGGCGGACGAAACAAGAUCAGGAAGAUGCUGGAGAAGACGCGCUUCAGCAUACUGCCACCCAAACCAUUCAGUGAUGGUGGCAUGGGUCAGUCUCAGGACGACAGCAUUGUGGGUACCAAGCAGUGUCGUCACAGCGUGGCCAUCAUGCCCAUCCCCGGAAACCUGUCGUCCAGCAGCCCCGACCUGCUUCACCCGGCCUCUAGCGUCCUCGACUUCUCCAACCCUGCAGACAUCCCAGACCAGGUGAUUCGGGUGUUCAAGGCCGACCAGCAGAGCUGCUACAUCAUCAUUAGUAAGGACACUACCGCCAAGGAUGUGGUCGCCCACACUGUCAAUGAGUUCGGCCUCCUUGCAGCGCCCGAGACCUACUCGCUGUGUGAGGUAUCUGUUAGCCCAGAGGGAGUCAUAAAACAGCGGCGUCUGCCCGACCAGCUCUCCAAACUGGCUGAUCGGAUUCAGCUCAACGGCAGGUACUACCUGAAGAACAAUAUGGAGACGGAGACGUUGUGUUCAGACGACGAUGCACAAGAUCUCCUCCGAGAGAGUCAGAUCACUCUGCUGCAGCUCAGUACCAUGGAAGUCGCUGCCCAGCUCUCCAUGAGAGACUUUGAGCUCUUCAGGAACAUCGAGUCCACAGAGUACGUGGACGACUUGUUUAAACUGGACUCUUCGGUGGGAAGUGGGAAUCUGAAGCAGUUUGAGGAGGUGAUAAACCAGGAGACCUUCUGGGUCGCCACAGAGAUCCUGAAGGAGCCCAACGCCCUGAAGAGGAUGAAGAUCAUCAAACACUUCAUCAAGAUUGCCCUGCACUGCAGGGAGUGCAAGAACUUUAACUCCAUGUUCGCUAUUAUUAGCGGUUUGAACUUGGCACCAGUGAAUCGGCUACGGAGCUCGUGGGAGAAAUUGCCCAGUAAAUACGAGAAGCUAUUUGUAGACCUGCAGGAUGUCUUCGACCCGUCCAGGAACAUGGCCAAGUACCGCAACGUCCUGAGCAGCCAGAGCAUGCAACCACCCAUCAUCCCACUGUUCCCAGUGGUCAAGAAGGACCUCACCUUCUUGCAUGAAGGCAACGACUCCAAUGUAGACGGUCUUGUGAACUUUGAGAAGCUGAGGAUGAUCGCCAAGGAGAUCAGACACGUGGUGCGGUUGACCUCGGCAAACAUGGACCCUGCCCUCAUGUUCAGACAGAGGAAGAAGAGGUGGAAGAGUUUAGGGUCUUUGAGUCAGGGCAGCACCAACUCCAACAUGCUGGACGUGCAGGGCGGUGCCCAUAAAAAGCGAGUACGUCGCAGCUCGCUCCUCAACGCUAAGAAGCUUUACGAAGACGCCCAGAUGGCCAGAAAAGUGAAGCAGUACCUGUCCAACCUGGCGGUGGAGAUAGAUGAGGAGAAACACCAAAUCAUGUCCCUGCAGUGUGAGCCGGCUUACAGCACCCUGUCUAAGAACUUGAGUGAGAGACGAUCCACCAAGUCGGACAUGUCUCCAGUGUCUCUGCGGUCGACUCUGCCCUCGGGGAAAACACAAAACAGGGUGUCACAAGUCCUUCAGGUCCAGGUCCCUCUGAACCCUCUACGGAAGAAGAGCACUGCCAAGGACAUAGGUCCCCCCAACUCCCACUCUCCCCAGGUGGUGAAGAAACCUCCAGUGAACUCGUCAGAGGACUGGAGUACCAAGAGACCAUCUGAUGACACCGUCUCCACCAUCUCCUCCCUUCACUCCAGCCCCACGGUGUCGCCACAGGGCUCCCCACGCAAAGUGGGAGGCGUGGCCAAGUCCCAGAACUCCAGCCAGAUGAACUUGUCCGGAUCCUCGUCGUCACUGACCAGCGACGCCAGCACAAAAGCCGGCACCAACAGCCUGCGGAGCUACGGCAUAGGUUACGCUCUCCUGCCAGCCGGUAAAGCAGACAACCUGUCGGACUCGAGUCACAGUGAGAUCUCCUCCCGCUCCAGUAUCUGUUCCGUCGACUCCGUGCCGGCUCCUGGGUCUGACGACCGAUGUAACAGCAGCAACAGGACCUAUCAUGCUGCUGCUGUUAAUACUACUGCAAAUACUACUACAACUUCUGCUCCAGUUGUUGAGAGCACAGCAGCAACGCAUGCAUAUUUAAAUGCUGAGUACAACCAGCCCAGCACAAGUUCCUCGUCAUUGGUUCGAGGAUAUGUUUCGCGAGCCUCCACCUUCACCUCCUCCAUCUCGACGGAGGAGCUGACCCCGGACCUCACCUCUCUGGACUCUGUGGCGGACAGCGGCCGCGGCAGCUGGACGUCCUGCUCCUCCAACUCCCACGACUCCUUCCAGAGCCUCCCCCCCUCCUCUUGCCGGCCCUGGGACCACGGCAUCCACGGGCUCCCGCACACGCACCUGGGCGCCUUCAAGCACACGCAGCUGGCCGGGCCAAUAGCCGAGGUCGAGGGCGCCGCUUAUGCCUGGGCGAACGAAGAUGCCACCAAGCAUCACUCCCGAAACUCCAGCUCAGAUCUGUCCAAUCAGUCGCGGCAGAGCUGGGCGUCGUCCAGCUCGCUGUCGGACACCUACGAGGGGAAUUACGGGACGAUAAAGCGGCGAAACACCUCGGAGCACCCCUCCUCGCCAACCAACGAGGAAGGAGGGCAAAGCACAGACCCUGUCUACAAAACGGUGACGUCAAGCACAGAGAAAGGCCUGAUAGUCUACUGUGUAACAUCCCCCACCAAGGAUGAGCGUUACCGAGCUCCCCCUCCCACCCCUCCAGGCUACCAGGGUCUGGCCCUGGGGGAUCUCGGCCUCACAGACGGAGUAGUAGGUGGGCCAGGAGGUCUCCUCCCUAGGCCUCCUCACCUCCGACCUCCCGACUACAGCGUGGCCCUGCAGAGGAGCAAACUCCUGCAGAACCCCGGAGCGGCCGGAGGUCUGGCUGAGGCGCGGAGGCUGGCUGGUAACCAUCACCUCCACCACCAAGAGGCCCGGACAGCCGGCUCCAGACCGCCCAGCAUCUGCCUCCCACCAAAGGAGCUGGCUGACAGCGAGGACGAUGAGCAAGUGUCAGCAGUGUAAAAGACAAGUUGUGUCGAUCAGGCUUUGGACUAAACCAGCAGCCUGCCAUAAAAACCUAUCAGAGCACAUUCUCCAAGCCCCGCCCCCACACAGCCCUUCUGUGACAUCACCACGGACCAUGAUGCACCUCUCGGCCAGACCAGUGGGUCUUGUGACCUCCCUUCUCCACCUCCCAAGACUUUUACAAUGAACUCUUUUUAAACCCAUUUCACAGAAACAAAGAAGAAAAGAACGAUUUUAGAUACUUUUAAAAAGCUCUUAAACAAAGCAGAAGAAGGCUGGGGACGGACGUAAAAAAACAAAGGCUUCCUCGGAAUCCAACCACCAUGUACCUCCAUCUUGCGUUCACAUUGGUUUUUACAGUUUUUAAAUGUUGUAAAGUGAUUCUUUGUCUUAUUUUCAGUUGCAUUUCUGAGCUUUGCAAAGUUUUAUGUGAGAAGAGUGAGGAGGAGGAGCAGACAAAGGGAUAGAAAGCUGCAGUCAGUAGUUUAAAUAUGACGGGCAUCAGCUCGUGGGGGAAUUCUGUUGUUUUGCUGUUUUUGUUCAUGGUUUGCUCUCAGCUCAAAAGAAGAUGAAUGGAGAUGAAUAAGAGACAAGAUUUUGAGGUUGUUUAAGGGGGUCUUUAUGGGCCUCUAUCAAACCCUGGCACUGAUGAUUUAUUUUACAUAAAUAAGAUCAGUUUCUAAACAAAUAAAUCAAAUGGAAACCAUAUUUUUCACUCCUCCUAGGGAGGUGAAAAACAAGAAAUUAAACUCCUGAAGUAGCAGCCAGAGACCACGUCCGUUUGUGUUUGCCACCUAUUGUACUUUGUUGAUCUUGACAGAAAGAAGACCAAAAAAAAAGACAAACGGCAUCUCUCAGGCAGUUGUGUGUCUUCAUGUCACGCUCUCCGCCACCCAAUCACCUCUCUUAUUGCUCGUUCAGCCUGACGCGAGGUACUUUAGCGGCAUGCUGCCUCCUGGAUGUUCCAUAAAAACUAUAUUAUAACUCGUUUUUAAUGAGCUGAAGAACAAAUGCCUCGCUGCUUCUUGUAGAGUAAAACGCGCAUCGUUAUUUUAUUGCUGCGGCUGUGUUAAAACGAUAAAUUAGCACUGUGUGGUCGCGCAACGUGCAUGGAGAUGGUGUGCAUAAAGACAAAGGACAGUGUUUACACCGACGCUUACACAUUUUGUUUACAGUGUUUAUUGGACUAGUUGUCUAUUGAAUUACAAGCCGAGAUGUUAAAGUGUAACGCUUUAGGUCCAUUUGACCUUGUACAUUUGUUUAUAAAGCAGCAGGAAUAUGAGAUGCAGCAAAAGCUUUGACUGUGUGCUCCCAGUGUACCUCUCGUAUCGGUUUAGCUUCUUAUUUAAAAGAACGAGCAACAAAACUAGUCAACGGAUAAUGUAUUUUAACGCCUGGCUUGCAUCUCCAUUCCAUGUUCAUAGUACAUUUUGUAGAAUAUUUAAAGGAUUUGCUUGAAAAAUUGUCUAUUUGUAUUGAAAACCGAAGCAAAUUUGUACAUUCGGAGUAAUGUUUUGGAAACGGAAAAAUUGUUUUAAAUUGUGUUUAUGUGCAGUGCAGCAAUGGUGUAACUGGAAUUAGUUCUUCUUUUCUUCUGCUGUCUGUCUGGCGCUCUUGUGAUGCUUCUUUUGCAUUUUUUUGCCACACAAAGACUUGAAAUGAUGAAUGCUAAUAUAUAUA